CCCUCGUCCCCUCCUGGCCCUCCCUCCCCUUUCCACGCCGGCCCCAGUCUGAAUCUUUACACACUCCAUUGCAAAAACGGCAUUGGAUGAAAUUAUUUCGAUUACCCAAACUACACAGAAACACACCCGCACCCGCACUCACCUGACCGCCCGCAAACACACUUCGAUCCGGAAUUCGAUUGUCGAUUGCCUCGGGGUAGUCGUGUACUUUGUCAGUACCUCCAUCUCACCCCCCCUGCCGCAGCGCUUCACCCCCAUCACACAACCUAAAGUCCGGUCCCAUCCACCCCAGAGGAACCAGAACGUAGCAGUGUGGCGGAUUGACAGGCCCCCAACACUGGCCUGUUAAGGUACCUGUAGCCCACGCCAACAGACCUGUUCCAAAAACUUGGCUGUAUAGUCAUUUCUCCGUUUAUCCUGCGAUAACUGCAAAUUCGAACGAAACCGUCUUUGCUGCAUCGCAUCCACUUCGCACACCAAAGAAACCCUCGCUGCAGAAAAAGCAGCAAUUAUCCAAGUCCUCAAGUCAAGCACCCGGGCCUGAUCUCCAAAGGAAACCCCAGGGGGGGACUGCCGAUCUCUCCUCAAUUUUGGCCUGGCUAUUGCGACCAUACCACCACCACCGAUUCUCACGACGUGUUAACGGCCUUUCUCUGUUUACCUUCCAACACUAUACCCUCAACUGGACCCCAGGAAAGCCCAGAAAUCAAAGCGUGCUUCUUCACCAUGGCGCGACUGCCCCCGGAUAGUGCUUCCGACACACCAGGGGGGCUUUCAUGCUGCCAAUCUCGAACCUCAUUAGUGCCUUGACCGAGAAAAUUUUGCACCGUUGUUGCUCAGUUUUCUAACUUAGCUUGCUCGCUCUUUAGACACCCGAGACACCCUCCCUCGCUUCUGCCUGCCGGUCUGCGGCUUCCAUAGUCUCAGGCUUCGAGGGCAUCCGCCCAACUCAAGUGCGUAAGGACACGCACACAGCCGUAUCAUGAAAAGUCCCCACAAGCUGCUCGAACGUGAGUAGCAUCGCAGGCUUCUGACGAAGAUCUGAUAGGGUGAACAUGGCGGAUAGUGGGGAUAAAUCCCAGGGCAUGCGCCCACCACCCUUUGACAGCCGUGGUCACCCUCUUCCCCGACGUGCUUCCCCAGACAAAUCAAUAACACUUGAAAAUCACCGCCUUGCGCGAGAUACUAGCAGCAGAGUUACUUCAUCUUCCGCACUGGGAGUGACCGAAUCCCAACCCCAACUCAAGAGCUCGCCCACCCGAAGGAAUUCGUCUGGAGAGAGCGAGCCCACGAAUUGGUUUAAUCAAUCCAAUCGUAACCCUGCCGCGGCCUUUCAUGACGAGAGCCAUAUCAUGGAAGUCGAUCCUCCUUUUUAUCAAAAGGAGACUGACUCCUCCAACGAGGAAUCCAGGUAUCCGCCUGGACGAAACCCUGUACAUCCGCCCGGUGGUGUCCAGUUACCCGGGUUCCGCCCGGUUGCUGCUCACAGCAGCGCCGCCGAUGACUACCGCAGUGUCAUUGACGACUUGACUGUCGAAAACAAGCGGCUUAAGGAGGAACUGAAGAGGUAUAAGCAGUUUGGUUCCGACGUGAUGAGGAAAGAGAAGUUGUUUGAGAUCAAGGUACAUGGCUUACCUAGAAGAAAGAAACGUGAGUUGGAGGCAACGCUCCGCGACUUUGCUGCCAGUCUCGGGGACUCGAGCGAAUCGACAUCGCAGAGGAGAAAGACUGGCAGACAUGGAACGGCCGUUCACUCGUCUGGGGUUUCGUUGUCGAAACACGAUUCGUCGUCAUCGUCGCGCAGUCGUCCUGUCGAUUCUGCAUACAACUCUAUGUCGACGGGCCGUAGCUCUCAUGCGCCCCACUCUUCCGGUCCGUCGCUCGGACGACCUUCGCUGACCAGGGCAAAAUCCGUCGGGACCCAAAAGGUAGAAAACUAUCUGCGCGACACGCCCGAUGGCCUGCUUCCUCACCAUAUUGUCAUGACCGACAAGGAGAAGAAGAAGCUGGUUGUCCGACGCUUGGAGCAACUGUUCACCGGAAAGAUCAGUGGACGAAACAUGCAGCGCAACCAGUCGAUGCCGAGCAUGGAUGCACCACUCGCGCCGGAAGGAACCAACAUGGCCCCCCCUCGCCCCCCUCCGGAAGGAUUGCGCGAAGCUUGCAUCCAACUACAGGAUGGAGACAACCCGCGAAAGAACCGUUCCUCCAAAGACAAUGGUUCUGCAUCCAACUCGGGUGGCGAUCAAACCGAACUUGGCGGAACUGGGACUGGAAGCGGAGAUGGAAGUGGAAGCGGCGGUCGCACUGGUAACAACACCUCGCCCCCGGGAGCUAUUGCGCCGGACCAACGACCAACCAGGCCUCGCGAUUUGGACCCGGACCGCGUCCAGAUACCAUCCGAGAAUAUGGACUACAUCCGUCAUCUGGGCCUUGUAUCUCCCGAAUUCUUGCAGGGAAGCCGGACCAGCUAUCAAGAUGUUGCUCCGGAUGCGGAAGGCUGGGUGUAUCUCAAUCUGCUUUGUAACCUGGCCCAGCUGCACAUGGUUAACGUAACGCCGAGUUUUAUUCGCCAAGCUGUCUCCGAAAAGAGCACAAAGUUCCAGCUGUCUGCUGAUGGUCGGAAAAUCCGCUGGCGUGGCGGAACCGAUGGAACCAAGUUCAGCAGCGACAGCAGCGAGGACAAGUCCCAGCAAAGCCCUAUGACCGAAGAUACCGAGGAUGGCUCGGAUAAGAAUGGUCGGAGGAAGAAGCGGAAAACGCAGCAGGCGAGUUCGGAGAUUGGGAGGUUCGGUCCCUCAAGGUCACCUUCGGACACCUUUCAUUACAAACCGAUGUUUGUACACCGUAAUUCAUCCUCAAUCGAGACCUCUUUGGAGGAGUCGAUGUCACAAGGCUCAGAGGAUGCUGUCGAUGAGAGCAACAUGGGUAACUCGAAGUGGGAUUUUAGCGGAUCGGGGACAACGCAACAACGGAGGAAGCGUCGAUACGAUGGCGCCAUCGUUUACUACACCGGCGCUCCAUUUUGCACCGAUCUUUCAGGAGACCCUGGCGAUAUGUCGCCAACAGCGCAAAUGACGGCCGGCCGCGAGGUCGAAGGAUCCGGAUCUGGUGAUGAAGUUGAACAUGUGCUGCAGCGGACGUUGUCUGGAUCGUCUCUUCCUAUUAGGCCGCUCAGUGAUGACCGGGCCCGCGUGGCCGAGGUGUUGGAUUUCGACCCCGGAAACCCGCCUGAACUCGUGGCCGACGACGGUUCCUCGCCGAAUGACGAGGAUUUCGUCUUCCCAUGGUGCGAGGAUCCUGCCAAGGUUCGGAUUCAGCCUAUUGCCAAAGAAGUCAUGGAGCCCUCUGGUCUUGGUGGAGUACUUCCUGACGACCAUUUUGUGAUGCUCGUCACCACUCGCCGCGUCGUCAGACCUAUCCUGCAGCGGCAGUUGUCACGCUCGACAACAUCGGAAGAUACGGCCGAAUUCAUCGCCGAACGCUUGGCAGCGAUAAGAACGUCGUCGCCUCUGCCUCCUCGCAGUCACAGGCUGACUGUCGCGCCGUUGCAGGUUGAAUACGUCUCUGGGCAAUUCCGUCGGCUGAAUCCAGCCCCACUCCCUCCUCCGGCGAUUUUCUAUCCCCCGUUCAGUACCGAUUCCAGCUGGGACGAUGGCGAUGAUCUAGCUUCUGACGAUGAAGAAGUGGAGGAGGUGGAGGAAGAUUCUUACUCUGAGGGGCAGAUCUCGCGCCGAGCAAAUCCUCAUUUCUCGGACAACAACACGUACAUGCGGAAGGACGAUUUGGCGUUCGAUACCGAGACUGAUGUGCGGAUGGACAGCGACGACAAUCGCUUGUCGGACAGCGGCCACAACAUGCGGGCGAUGAUGCCGCGGGCAGAAGCGGUGGAUGGGGACGACAGCCCAUUGGCAGCCGUCACCGGAAAAGAGGUGGACAUGCUGCACACUGGCAGCUCGGUUGCAACCGCUGGUGGGGCAGAGAGUGGCUAUAGUAGUUCGAUGGAGGACGUCUCAUCCUCGUGAGACCUGAGUGGGUAUUUUUCCUAUGUGAGAAGAAGACGCGGGGAGCAUACGAGAGCAAAAGGAACGCAUUGCGGCUGGUGUCAGGAAAUCAGGUACCGGUGUUCUCGAAUUUUUGGCUUUGGCGGGCAAGCGGGUUGUUUCGAGCGCGCGGGUUCUUGGCUUUUGCCAUUUUCAGGGGAGUUGCAAUUGUCGCUUUUCGGGGACUCGAUACGCAUGAUGGAUAUCCAACGAAGGUGAUUGCCGGGUGAGGGAUCUGGAUCCCAUGAAUGGGGCGGCCAUGGGUGGUGGGUGGUGGGUGGAGG